CAAUUUUUGUUUUUACCGAGAUCGCCACGGAAUCUGAUGCUCGGAAGAGCUAUUCAAUCAUCCGGCAGUGAACCGUCCAUUGCGUGACGGAACCGGAGGUGAACAGUUUGUCGUUCAUCGAAUCCUGGCCCUAAACUGGCAUAGUAACGUGCGAAGGGACACAACUCAUAAAGCAAGCACUCUCGCCGGUCACCGACGGAUUUGAAUGUCGAGUGCAAUGGCCUCCUGUCCGCUACUCAAACUGCUGCUCUUCAUCAGCUUGCUGGCACUUCAAGCAAUUUACACCUGUAAAGCUACCCUAAUCUCGGACGAUGACCGCAUGGAGAAGCUAAGCUGGGCGGUGGCUUACGAUCCGCCCAAGCUAACCGUACACAUGGGCACGAUGCAAAAUGUGACGGUCCAGAUUACGCACAUCGAUAGAACGGACUUAGCGGAUGUUGCCUCGGUGCAACUGCGAAGCGAACGCGAGCACGUGGCUACGGUAGAGAAUGGAACGAUCGUUAUCUUAGAGGAACUCGAAGCCAAUGUCCCGUACAACGGAUCGUUUACCAUCGUGGGAAACUUUCUCGGCCAGACGAACUUUUUCGUGGAGGUAGUGCACAAGAAUGGUACAGCUGAGCCUUUGCCGUCGGCCGCUACCCUGCCGGUCACGGUGAUACGCCAAGAGCGUGUGAUCGAUCACGUUUUCACUGGUUCGGUCAUUCUGCUGAUAUCGAUUCUGUACAUCAACUUCGGUGCCGCAUUAGACGUUGGAGCACUAAAGCAGAUCGCUCGUCGGCCGGUCGGGCCACUUAUCGGCUUUUUCUGCCAGUUCCUGUUUAUGCCGCUGCUCAGCUUCGGUCUCGGCCAUCUGCUCUUCCCCGACAACUAUGAAUUGCAGCUGGGACUGUUCUUCACCGGAGUUUCACCGGCAGGCGGUGCUUCCAACAUAUGGACGGUGGCACUCGGAGGCAACCUUACGCUCUCGAUUGCAAUGACCACCAUCAGCACUUUGGCGGCGUUUGGUAUGAUGCCGCUGUGGAUAUUCACCCUCGGCCGUAGAAUCUUUGAGCGAGCAAAUCUGGGCGUUCCGUACAGCCGAAUUGCGUACACGGCCAUUGGUCUCGUAGUGCCAAUCAGCGCAGGGUUGAUUAUACAGCGUUGCUGUCCGCGCUUCGGGCGUCUAUUGGUGCGCAUCCUGAAACCGAUGUCCGUGGUGUUGAUCCUCUUUAUCGUCAUCUUUGCAAUUGUCACCAAUCUGUACCUGUUCGAGCUGUUCUCGUGGCAGAUCAUCAUAGCCGGCCUAGGACUGCCGUGGAUAGGCUACUGUUUCGGGUUUCUGGCCAGCCAUCUGUUGCGUUUGCCGCUCGCUGAUUCGCUGGCCAUCUCGGUCGAAACGGGCAUCCAGAAUACAGGAAUAGCGAUUUUUUUGUUACGCUUUGCGCUAGAACAACCGGCCGCCGAUCUGACGACGGUGAUUCCUGUCUCCGCUGCCAUCAUGACCCCUCUGCCUCUGAUGUUGCUAAUGCUCGGUUUACGAAUGCACGAGCGCUCGAAGCGGCGCGCUGAAAGCAGUCUGAUUCCGAAAAGCAGUUCCAUAUCGAACACUCCGAGUACCUAAGCAGCAAGUCACAUUCAGAACGGAGGCAGACGAAUCAUGCGGGAAUAGGCGGGAAACAGAUGUACUUUCAUGAAAAAAACGGUCCAACGAAAAUAAAAGACAUAAAC